CCUCGCACCAGUUCAAGUAAUCAAGAUGUACGUAAAGCUUCUUCUGCUGAUCGGCUGCGUGGCACAUCUUCACGCAGCCCCACAAAGUGUUCCCGGAAAACUGUUGCGUGCGUCGUCCGCUGCUGGACCAACAACAUUGACCACGACAUGUGACGGCACUGGUUAUUACACACAGUGUAGUGGAUGCAAUUCAAUUCUCGUUUGCCUCGGGUCGUUCUCCGACACCAGAAAGUGUGACGUUCUCGUUCCAGACACACCGUAUUGCGUGAACGGGACCUGCUCCGCACAGCCCAGUUACGACACAUGUCCGCCACCGGCCUUGAAGUGUACUGGCGAAGGGUACUAUCCGGAUCCGAAUAACUGCAAACUGUACCACUACUGUGAAGUCACAGGCGAACCAUCAGAUGUGUACGAGUGCUCGCCAAACUACGUGUUUAAUGGAGUCGACGGAUGCAAGCAGCAGAUCUUCCCGUCGGAUUGCGUUACCUGUAAAUGUGACCCAUCAAAGAUCUUCGUUGGCUAUGGCAACAGUAAGAUCUUCUACGCGUACUGUGUUUAUCAGAACGCAAAAGUGACCGAUAUCAUCAUGUCCAAGUGUUCCGGAGCAUCGACCUUCAACGGGGUGAAAUGUGACUUCAAGUGUCCAAGUGAAGGAAACUUUGCCUACGAGGGUGAUAAGAAAAGGUACUACCAAUGCUACACAUCCGGGGGAAAAUUAACAUUCACGGUGCAAUCGUGCAGCAACAGUGAUGUUUUCAAUCCUGAAUACGGAGUGUGUGUUCCAGCGUCAUAAAGGCUUUCAAAUGACGUAAUUCUAACAGGUUAUUUAUUUAGAUUAAUUAUGUCUUGAGAAGAAUAAAAUAUAUAAGCACACAAACACUGUUUUUAUUUCGA